AUGGACACUGACUCUCAGUAUUGCCAGACAGGAGGAAACCUGGCGCCCUCCAGGCCUUGCGGGCGAUGCCGCCAGUGUCGGGUGUCCGAGGCGGCGGAGGCGCGCGCCACGCCACGUGACCCUCACCUCCUGGAGGUGCCGGUGUGCCUGGAGGGGGCCGAGGUGGCGGAGGGGGCGGGGGCGGCAAAUCGCCUUAUAAAGGCCUCCCGGAGGCGGCCGCCGCUCCGUCGCUACUCACGAGAACGCUUGGUGAACGCUCUCCCACCCAGCUGUCCAAGCCCUGCGCACUUAGCUGAGAUGUCUGCGGAUGAGAUACAGCAGCUGAAGGAGUGGGUGGAGCAGCAGCCACACCUGCCGCCAGUGCCAGAGGAGCAACUGCCACUGUUUCUGCGGACAGCCGACGGCGACCUGGAGAAGGCAAAGGAGGGCGUCGACCUGUACUACACGGUGCGCACCCACGCCCCAGAGGCGUUCUCCAACAGGGACCCCCUGAUGCCCGAGAUAGACAACGUCGCUGCACUCUUCCACGUGGCGGCCUCGCCGGUGCUGCACCCUGACGGCUACAUCGUGCUGUUCGCGCGCCUGCUGCCGGACACGGCGGACCGCUUCGUGCACGCGGACGCGCUCAAGUUCUACUGGAUGUGCGAGGACCUGGCCCUGCGCGAGCACCCGGCCAACACCGGCUUCCUCUUCGUGUUCGACCUGAGCGGCAUGUCGCUGCCCCAUCUGGCGCGCCUCAACCUCGUGCUGCUCAGGCAGUACCUCGUCUACACACAGGAUGCCCUGCCGUCAAAGGUAAUUGGUAACCACAUGGUUAACGUCGUCCCGGCGACGGAGACGUUGAUUAAUAUCAUGAAGCCCAUAAUGAAGAAGGAGCUCUCCGACAAGCUUUUUGUCCAUUCAAAGGACAUGGAAGAAUUUUACAAACACGUGCCGAAAUCAGUUCUGCCCAAGGAUUAUGGUGGUGAACUGGACAGCCUCGAAGUCUACCAUAACGAGACGCGGCAGCGGCUGAAGGAGCACCGCGAGUGGUUCCUGUCGGAGCAGGCGCUGCGGGUGGACGAGUCCCGCAGGCCAGGGCGCGGUCUCACCGCCACCGACGUCUUCGGCAUGGAGGGCUCCUUCCGCGCCCUCUCCAUCGACUGAGCGCGCCGCGCCUCGCUCGGCCUUCCGCCGCUGUCUCGCCGUACCACGCUCGCUUCCGCAGUAGCCAGUUACCGGCACGGCCCAGCUCAUUCAUAACCUGGGACGGCUUACAUUCUAGUGCACCAUCAACCUUAGGAGAAUUACUUCAACUAGAAUCACGAUUCUUCGCUUUCACUAGCGGUUGGAUACCCGCAUAUCUCAAGAUUAUCUACUCGCCCUUUGUACAAAAGAAAGUUUGUACAAAAAUAAAAUGGGAAGUGUGGCAGAAUUCUAGGAAACAAAAUUACCUGGCGCAGGAAAUGGUGAGAGUGACAACUGACAGGAUGUUGGUAUGCGUAAUUCUUUAAAAAUUCUUCCUUUCUUUCUUUUGCUUAUGCCGGUUUUCCAGUAAAUACGCAGGGUCGGCAUGGUUAAUCGGAUGUGGGUUGAAGGGGUGGCCGGAUGCCCUUCCGAAUUAGUGCGCCCCAACGGUCUGCGACGAUUGUAAUCCAUCGAAUAGUCCGAAAGUGUUCAGAUGUCUGCGAGCCGUGUAACUGAGGCGGGACGUGGAGACCAGCCCGGUAUUCACCUAGAGGGAUGCGGAAAACCGCCUAAAAACCACAUCCAGGCUGGCCGACACACCGGCCCUCGUCGUUAAUCCGCCGGGCCGGUGCGCCUACCCGAGUCCAGGAAGCAGCGCGUUAGCGCGCUCGGCUAACCUGGCGGGUGCGUAAUUCCUUAACAAUGUUUACAUUUAUUUAUUGACCAGUUUCAGCUUCUUCGAGUGCAUGCGCAUGAUGACCGACGCUAGGUGCUCAGCGCUCAAAUUGCCUAAACGCAAAAGCUGAAUUUCUAACACAAUGAAGCAAACAAUUAAAUAAACUGCCCCCUUGAUUUCACCAACUUUACAAUAACGUUGGCCAAUUUUGUAUUUUACCGAAAAUAAAACACAACAGUAAAAGGAGAGCAGGAAAACACAAUAAUCAGUUUCAUUCGGCUUACCAAAUAGAAUAUACCCAACCUAAAGUUGGCAACAUAACUAGCAAUACACAAGUGUUUAACGAGAGACCUAAAAUCAGCUGUCGAACACACUAGCCCAAGCUACCCACUGCUGUACGUAAGAAAUGAAAAAAAUGAAGCAGUGAAUGCUGACAAAAAGGUGAGAUUGAAAUUUCACUGAACACAACAACAUAAAAUAACUUUUCCAGUGUUACUGCACUAACCACAAGUGAGUGGCUGUAGUUGAAAAGCAUGAUCUGUUGGUAACAUACUUUGGCCAGCCUCAGCCAUACUCCUUUCACUAGACGACUGCACUAUACUUUAUAAUUUUGAAAAAAUAUUUAUUGUUUUUAAUGAAUUCUUCCACCACAUUCCACAUAUGUUUUAAACUUCUCUGUUAAACUUAACAAUUUAAGUUUCUGUAGUAGAUAUCACUUUCCCCAAUGAAUACCGUAUUCAAUAUAUUGAGGUUCAGGGUCUAACUUGCACAUCUUUAAAAAGUAUUCCCAGAGAAAGUCAACAACAAUGAACGGAACUUAUAUAUUUUUUUUGUCAUUUUCAUGAAGUCUGCAGAACAUGUUACUGAAAGUACAUGGAUAGUCUAAGAGUGUGCUACAAAGUAUUGUCAGGUUCUGGACCCUACUUACAAAAAAAACCUCUUAAAAAAGUUGUUGCUAAUGUAAUUCAGCAAGAAUUAACAAUCUUCUUUUUGGUGGGCAUAAAGUACCCAACCCUCAUUUGUAAUGCGCAUUUCGGAAAGAACACUAGACUGUAGCGCACUCUGCGCUCCCUGGAUCGACGAAACCAACUGCCGUCCACUACUCCACACCGGAAUGAUUUCCUAUGUUGACAGGAAGCCAGCCCAGACUCCAAGUCCUCCAGGCUUGCUCGGCGACUUCCUGCUUUGCUAUGUCCAGCCAGCUGCUCCACUUGGAAGUUCCUACGUGUGUUGCCUUCUACCUGGACAUCAUUCCACUGUCGUCUCCGCUGUGACUCUCUCAGAUGAUGGCUGUGGCCACUGUCCACCCACACAAGGUCGUUUUCUCAGUAGCCAACAGCCUCGACUGCCACGCUAGGACAUAAACAAGCUCAGCCGCCACACCGUAUGUGGCCUGGCGUCGAACCCAAGUCUCUGCCGUCGCUGUCGAAGUCGCUGUUGCCAGUUCUCUCCCGUCCAUCAGACAGCUCCUCGCUGUGACAGGACGCUGAUCCACGCCUCGUCUUGAUACCGCAAGCAGCAAUUUUUGCUGGCGCUGGUGCGCUCUUCUGCGGCGAAAGGCAACUCAAGCACUGGUUCCAGUAGCCAAGCGAGGCAAGAAAAUUAUUGUGACGUUUAUCACUAAUCCGAGGUACAAUAAUAAAUCGAACUAUCCUCUACACACAACUAUACAUACCUGAACAAGUUACUUAUACAAACGCAUACAAUCGUGCACAGACGUUAGUUUCCUUUGUAAUUUAGAUUUCUAGAAUUUUACUAGCACCUUCUUUGUUUCUUUUUAAGCAGCUCAUCUGAUCAUGGCAAUUAAGUCGAUAUCGAUAAUAAUAUCAUUUUAUUAUUAACUUACAACAUGCUUUCUGUGUUCCCGUAAGGCUGUAUACCCAGUCUGUAUAAAACUACUCUCUUGAAUGUUUCCGUUCACUUCCAACGACUUUCAUAAGCCUGGUAAGGUCUGGCAGUAUGUCCUGCUUCGGAGUAAGUAUUGCCACAGUUCAACACAUUUCGUUUCAUAGGCGUGAUAUAUUUUUUUAGAAUUAUUUUGUUGAAUUGUAGAUUUAAAACGUUGUUGCUACGACAAACCAACAGUAUCUUAUCUCAAUACGUUAUGAAAUACUACUCUCCGCAACGUUAAAGAAAAAGUCUUUACUAUUGAUCUCAUUCCCGUAGAGAGCGUCAAAAGACCAUAUUUUUUACAUAAAACAUGAUCUGUGAUAGAAACGGUUUCCUGUUGGAAAUACUUUCUACACACUUGAACGCCAAUGAUAAUUUCAUAUUCUGUACAAAAUGCAAUACAAAUCACUACAUUGGUUUUGACGAAAGUGACGUUCAUAAACCAACGUUCUUAUCGAACAAGAAGAACUUUUAAUGACAUGUACGUCGACAAAGAAACAUGGUUUGCUACAUCACUGCGCUGCAACUCUGCCACAUCGGCUACAGUCGGCGGCCGUGGUAAUCUCUUUGUCUAGAUUAAGGCAGCGCUCGUCGUCUUACAUGUUCUGUCACAUGUAACAUUAAGUUCAAGAUGAAUUCACCUGAAAGUAAUUACUUCAGCAAUUUAUCUCAGUUGCCGAGCUCGAGAACCGAGAACAUUUCAUCUUGUAAUUAUUUCAGUUCUUUAUUUUUUCACUUACUCCAAAUGAAAGUAAUUUUCGCAGGACGUAAGCAGUGCAUUUCAAUCUGGCAAAAAAUGGCGUAAGUAUUUCACUUCAUUUGGUAAUGUUAAAGAAAAGUAUUUCUGAUUACGCUUGAGUUUCUGAUAGGUGGACGAAGCUAAUAGUAGUUUGCAUGUAACGUAUAACAGCCUUUUUGUACCGAAUCAUGCAUAGCUUCACAAAUGCUAAUACGAAUUCACUGAUGAAGAAUUUUUUUGUUUUUCCUUCAUAAAUUUACUAAAAUGUACGAGUAAUGGACGCUUUCCUUCAUUCAACAACUAACAAAAUGAACAUAAAUUCGUAUUUUAAGAAGUUGUGUGAAGAACUACGUUGUUUCUGAGAAUAUUGUUGACUUAUUAAACUACUGCCCAGCUUAGAGUCAGGAUCACUCUCAAGUCGAUUUCCGAGAAAUCACAUCGAACUUGUAAUUGUUUUCUGUAAAUUUGCAAAGCAUCACUACGUCUAAAAUUCAGAAAUUCGAUUAAACUUACUUAUAUAGAGAUAACAUGAGUAAAUUCGUUAUGAUUUUCAACUAUUCUACAUAAAUAGAUUAUGUGUGACUUUUUGUUACACACAAGGCAUCAAAGUAUGUCAGCAGAUUAUUUGCUUGGUAAGAAACAUUUUGCUGUAUAAGAUUUUUUCACACAUAUUCUAUCAGAAGCGGCAAACCAUGAAAAUAAUGUAGAUAUAAUCUUUAUUGUUUGUACAGCUCUGUUCAAGAGACAUUUUGUAACAGGAAAGAGUGUUCUUCAUGUUUACAUUAGAAAGAAGUGUUUUCCUUUUAUAUUACUCUGACAAAAUAUUUAUUUGGGAGCACUUAAUAAAAAAAAAUAUUGUUUUUCUUUAAUAAACUUUAUUUAUAUUGUAUCUCUCGGUUUAUAUGAAAUGUAUUUUCUGUUGUACAGGCGAGAAACCU